AUGGCGUUCCUCUUGGAGGAAGAGGAUAAUAGAGAGGUUCUAGAGGCGGCACUGUCGUUCGUGGACGAAUUUGGAGAAGCGAGACGACCUCUUUCUCCGCAGGACCCCCGCGAACGCAAUAGCACGUUAGCAUCACCCGCUUUUCGGGACAAUAAAGCAUCCAGACAGGCAACGAAAAACGAGAGGAGACGGCAACUGCGUCAUGCUGGUGUCUAUGGGAACCCGAAUCGGGCUAGAAACGAGCGCAGACGAGAAAUUGCGGGCCUUCGCAAGCAACUCGAGAAGCUCCAAUUGGAUCUUCAGACUCUGCAGACCCGGCGAGGUGAAAUUGAAGCAAGACAACCAACAGAAGAGUCGACGGACUCUGCCCCACAGUUACCGAGUAUGUGGCAACAGGUUGCUACUCAGCAACGACGUCAACGCAGUGAAGCCGAGGGCGAGAACGUACGCUUAAAGCUAGCUGUGCAGCGCCAGCAAAAGAUGGCAGAUGAUCUAAAGAGCUUGCUACAGAGGAAAGCUCGACAACUGUCGAAUGAGUGCGCAUCGUUGAUCGCCAACACCAGCCGUAACAGCAUCGUUAAUAUCGUAGAAGUUCGGGUAGAUCUCGGAGAUUUCCAGCAACUCUUUCGACAUCUGGAAGCUGCUCGACAAGAAGUUGACGCGGUGUUCGCUGCCAACGGUCUGGCAAAUAUGGUAGCUACCCCCAGCGACAUCCAUAUCCGAGAAGGUGACGACGGGAAAUACCUUGAAGCCUUCUCGAACAAACUAUUGGCUUUCAGGCUGCAAGCAGUGACCGAAGCGCUGUGGAGUCACUUCAAGAGCCUCGAGAAACAUGCAGGCAAUGGCAGUCUCUACCAAAAAGCGGAAAAGGUACGAACUGUUCGUAUGGCACACGCAUCGUAG